CACGUGCCAUAAUCAAUACAAUGAGCGCUGAAGAGUUCCUGGCCAAUGUUGAAGGCAGCAUCGUGCCAGAGACCUGUCAUGAGGAUGUCUUGCGGAUCGCAUUCAUCUAUCUGCACGAGGGACUGUGGACCGGGAAUGGGGUGUUCGAUGUUGUGGAGAAGCUACACUCGCAUGGCUUGUCCUUUGGGGAGGACGAGUUACGCUAUAAUCAUUCCCUGGAUAUAUUCUACCUCGCACAGCUAGCAGCAGCAAUCUACCGCUAUUCCUCCCAACUGGAAGAAGACUUCCCCUCCUUCUCUAAUUUUUCUGCUUUCUACACAGCCCACCAUGACCUCCUGCACUUUUCUGCCUGGCGCUCCUACUACUCUACCCCAUUCCUCACCCAGCGCACCACAGCGCGCUUCUACCGCCUGCCCGACCUCCAGGACCUUCCCGACUCCUCCUCCCCACUAUGUCAGCCGCGUCAAAGUCCGGCAUCAUCUAUACACAUUUUGCAACUAUCUCGCUGGGCCUACACUGUCGCGUGUACACACCGUAGGCAGCCCUUUCUACCAUUUGCCACGCUUACUUCAUUGGCACUCAACACGCUGGAGGCAACUAUGACACGCCAGCACACGGCCAACCCCAGCGCACCAUCCUAUUCGGAAUCACAUGCGCGCCUCUGGCUUGACUAUUUUACUCCUGAUACUUCACCAUCUCGCGUGGCUGAGGUAAACCCCCGGCAAAGAGAGGGACCCGACGGGUUUGGGAUAUUGGUCGCGCAGGGAAUGUAUGAUAUACAUGGGCUGGAGACAGAGUAUCUUGCACAAAUAUCGGAGGGAGAGGGUCCCGAUGGAAAUAGCCAGUCAGAGCAGGUGAUGUGGUGUGGGGGGUGGGAUGGAGAGGUUGGGAGUGAGGAGGAGGAGGUAGAGUUUCUCGCCGCUGUUGCAGUGGAGGGAACACUUGGAUUAAGGCUCCAAGGAAUUGAUAUAAAUGAAUUGGACUUGUCAAUCCGGUCGCAUAUACUACUAGCGGUCAUGCAUGCUGCGGUGAAAGAUAGGCAGGAGAGGGAGCGGUUCUUGGGCGAGCUGGGAAGGCGAAUGGUGCAGGAGGGAUUAAUUGACAGGGAGAGGGCAGGGGGGUGGGUCAGAGAAGCCUUGGAGAUCAUGGAACCGUAUGUACGCGAAUGGCAUGGUAUAUGGCCUGGUGUAGAGGAGAGGGGGGAGAUGUUGCGGCGCAUUCUGGUGGAGAAUGGGCAGCUGUUUGCACGCUGGAGGGUGUCACCUGCGUCGAAGCAGUAUACUUUUGAGCUGGGACCCAGGGAGUAA